UUUUCAGUGAUGCUUUAAAAGAUCUGGUUUAACACAAGUGAGGAAAGGGUUACCUUUUUGCUCUCAGCUCACCAUAUGUAAUAUUUCUGUUACACCCUAAAUCUGGUGUGAUUAAAAACUUGCAGGCUAACUUCUAUACACUCAUCUAAAUAAUUAUUUUAGAAAAGAGGGUACCAGUGUUACUUCAACAAAUGACCUUGGUCACAGAGAAACAUUUAUAUUACACUCCCUUGAUGUUAAACAGGAUAUCUCUAUGGAUACAGAAAUAAACAGAAGAUAACAGCCCUUCAGCUUUUAUAGCAGCAUUGCAUUCUAGAGACGAGACAGGAACGGGACUUUACUGUGAAGGCUGUCAGAGCACAGAAGAGGGAGUUGAGAGGCUCAUUGAUUUACAACUAACAGAAGACGUGAAGAGGGUGAACUUCAGGUCAAGAGACAAAACAAUUUUAGCCUGAUAUUUUUUCUAUUCACAAUCGUGCAGUGUCUUGAGAAGUAAUUGACUGACAUCCAAAAAAGCAUGUAUGCAGCACCAAACCCACCUGCUUUCAAGUGCUGCUAACGUUACUGUGAGGAACAAAAGUUUAAAAUGGCAGAAGGUUCAGAAGUGGACUCUUUACUGGAGGCUUUCAGAAAAUUCGCAAUUCAUGGAGAUACAAAGGCAACUGGCAAAGAAAUGAAUGGGAAGAAUUUUGUAAAACUGUGUAAAGACUGUAGAAUCAUUGACGGCAAAAACGUCACCAGCACUGAUGUAGACAUUGUAUUUACCAAAGUAAAAGGAAAAACAGCUCGGGUAAUAUUAUAUGAAGAAUUUAACAAGGCACUGGAGGAACUGGCACCGAAGAAGUUUAAAGGGAAAAGCAAAGAAGAAGCUCUAGAAUCCAUGCACCAGCUGAUAGUGGGAAAAGAACCAGUAAAUGUUGGCACAACAAAAACACUAAAUGCAGGAGCAGUGGACAGACUUACAGACCCAACUAAGUACACAGGUUCCCACAAGGAGCGCUUUGAUGACACUGGCAAAGGAAAAGGAAAAAGUGGUCGAGAAGAUAUUGUAGAAAAUACUGGUUAUGUGUCCGCAUACAAGAAUGCUGGAACUUACGAGACCAAAUUAAAAAAAUAAACCACUGCAAUUUCUCAGUGAUAUUGUAGCUAAAAUUAGAGCAAAUAAUUAUUAAAUAGAUUUAACCAGUAAAAACAAUAUUGGCAACUCUGAUAUAAUACUAUUUAUAUACAUAUGUAUAUAUAAAGAAAUGUGUUAAUAUCUUUUUUUCUAAAAGAAAUGGCUUGCAAACAUAAGUCCUAUUUUUUUAACUGCUCUGAAUUGCUGCAUAACAUUUAUUUACAGCAGUAGACUGGCAAAUGUGUUUUAGUUCAAGUGAUUGUUCUGUGAGCUUGUGUGUAUUGUUUCAUGAUUUCAGCAUGAAAAAAAUUAUAGAAAAAAGUCUGAACAGAAGUAUGAAACAUGUUUCAGUCAAAAGAAAAAAAAGCUCGUAUGUUUAUGAAGUUUAUGUUAAAUUUAAUGUGAUUGAAAUUUAAAAUAAAACAAUUAAAAUAA